GGUGGAGGUGGUGGAGGUGGAGGAGGUGGAGUUGGAGGUGGAGGUUGAGGUGGAGGACGUGGAGUCGGAGGAAGAGGAGUUGGAGGAGGAGGAGUUGGAGGUGGAGUUGGAGGUGGAGGACGUGGAGUCGGAGGAAGAGGAGUUGGAGGAGGAGGAGUUGGAGGUGGAGAUGGAGGUGGAGGACGUGGAGUCGGAGGAAGAGGAGUUGGAGGAGGAGGAGUUGGAGGUGGAGUUGGAGGUGGAGGAGGUAGAGUCGGAGGAAGAGGAGUUGGAGGAGGAGGAGUUGGAGGUGGAGGUUGAGGUGGAGGACGUGGAGUCGGAGGAAGAGGAGUUGGAGGAGGAGGUGGAGUUGGAGGAGGAGAAAGCAGAGGAGGAGGAGGAGGGGGGCCCAUCUCCCUCCUCCUCCUCCUCCUCCUCCUCUUCCUCCCUGUCCUCCUCCUGCUCUGUCCUCAUUCUGGUCCCCCUGGAGGAGGGAUCUGCUGCUGCCCGGUCCCCGAGUCCUCCCCAGAGCCCUCGGAGCACCUGCCCCUCCCCCAGUGCCAUGGCAGGCGCUCCGGGGAGCCAGUCCCACCAGGGCUCCAGCAGCCCCGAUGAGGAGGGGUCGAGCACCUGGGGGGCCCCGGCAGGGGCCCAGGCCUCGCUCCCAGAUGCGCUCCGCGUGAAGGUGGCCGGCCUGGUGCUGCUUCUGCUCCUCAAGUAUCGCACCAAGCAGCCGACCACACGGGCGGAGAUGCUGGCGGCGGUCAGCCAAGAUGACCGGGACCGCUUCCCCGUGAUCUUCCGCCGAGCCUGCGAGUAUCUGCAGCUGGUCUUUGGAGUCGACGUGAAGGAAGUGGACCCCCGCGAGCACUCCUACGUCCUGGUCAGCAUCCUGGGCCUCAGCUGCGAUGGGACGCCGAGUGGUAGGGACGGCAUGCCCAAGACCAGCCUCCUGGUGCUGGUCCUGUGGGUGAUCCUCCUGGAGGACGACCGUGCCCCUGAGGAGGCGGUGUGGGAAGCGCUGGGGGUCAUGGGGGUGUAUGCCGGCAGGGAGCACGUAUUCUAUGGGGAGCCCAGGGAGCUGCUGACCGAAGUCUGGGUGCAGGAAGGGUACCUGGAGUACCGGCAGGUGCCCGGCAGCGAGCCCGCACGCUACGAGUUCCUGUGGGGUCCCAGGGCCCACGCAGAAACCAGCGGCGUGCAAGUGCUGCAGCACAUCCUCGCGGUCAACAGCAGGCAGCCGGGGUCUCCGUGUCUGUCCGAAGAGGCUGUGAGCCAUGAGGAAGAGCGGGCCUGAGCCCGAGGGGCAGCCGGGCCCGUUCCCGCCUGGGGUCGAGCAGCUUCUCCUGCGGGGCACGAAGCCAGGCCACUUCUCCCCUGCGAGUGCGAGCAGAGCGGGCGCUGGGCGUUGUGAGUAGUGGAGGGCCAGGGCGGCUUGGGGGAAAGCGGGGCCAAGAGCACGUUUGGGUGGGUUCUUGUUCUCUGUCUACGUGGCCUCGGAAAUCGAUCUUUGUUUCCUCGAGGAAGUUUUCAGAUGUUGUUCCUUGUCAUAGAAGGUUUCGUGAGCUUCGGGCUCAGCGUGGGAGUGGCACCCACGCCACAGGUGUUCGAGAGUCAGAGUUUUGCCGUUUGGUGCAACGAGCUGGGAACCCUUCCGUCCUCGCUCGGGAUCCAGAAGGGAAUCGCGGUGCCUGGGCUGGGCACAGACAGGGAUGUCUUGCAAACGUGAAGACCUUGGCAGUAAACGGAUGGUUUCAGGACAUGGAGAAGUAAAAGAUGUUCGUUCUUGC